GCUGGAGGGGUCCGCGCAUGCGCAGGCUCCUCAGCCGCCGGGGGUGCGCGGAGAAAAGGGGCGGGGUGGUCCGAGCUGCUGUGCUGGCAGCAGUAGACGAGGGCGCGGCUGCGGGGUUCCUGGUGCCCAGGACCGACGCCAUUGGAGCCCCAGGGAAGGCUGAGCUGUCUCCUCCUUGGGACCCGCGGCAUGGCUGAGAGAAGCCGCAGCGGGCAGUCGGGAAACUCCAACUCUGGAGACAUGGAUGAGGGGAGCCAGCGAGCCAGGGAGGAAGAGAUGGUUGGAGGCAACGACUAUGAAGAAUUUGGUGCUUUCGGUGGCUAUGGCACCCUCACCAGCCUUGACAUCCAUCUCCUGAGAGCCUUUGGGAGCUUGGGUUCAGGCUUUCGCUUCUUAGCGAAUGAGCCCUGGGAACUGGAAAACCCCGCGCUGGCCCAGACCCUGGUGGAGGCAUUGCAGCUGGAUCCGGACACCCUUGCCAAUGAGACGGAGGCGCGCGCUGCCAACGUAGCCCGCUCUGCCGCCUCCAACCGAGCCAAUCGGGCUGCUGCCUCUGCUGCCCGCAGGUCCUUCAACCAGGCCAUCUCCAACCAGAUGAGGGCCGCACAGCAGGCCCUAGUAGAGGACGCCCAGCCAAUGACAUAUGCCGAGGCUCAGGGGGCCACCCCUGAGACCAGCCAUGCCUCUCAGCAGACCUCCCAGACGCUAGUCGCCAGUGAGGGGGCUGCCCCUGGGGCUCCAGCACCCUCCACACAGCCCCAGACAGCCUUCCUGGCGCAGGAAGCCGCUGCAGAGGGCCCUAGCACCGCCUGUGCUUUCACUCAGGCUCCAAGUGCCAGCGAGAGGGAUGCCACCCAGCCCCAGACAGCCUUCCUGGGCCAGAAGGAUGUCUUUGAUUUCACUCAGCCGGCAGGUGUCAGUGGCAUGGCCUUCCCUCGUCCCAAGAGACCUGCCCCGGCCCAAGAGGCCCCCACACAGGGUCCCAGUGCUGCCUGUUGUGUGCCCCAGGCAGCACCUGCCAGGGAGGGGUCAGCCACCCGGCCCAAGACCACCAAGUCUGGGAAGGCGCUGGCCAAGACUCGGUGGGUGGAGCCUCAGAAUGUGGCUGCAGCUGCUGCUGCCAAGGCCAAGGCGGCCACAAGCAUCCCCGAGCAGGAGGGGGCAGCUGCCACUGCCCAGCACAGUGCUGAGCCCUGGACCAGAAUGGGAGGCAAGAGGACAAAGAAGGUAUGGACUCCUGUGCCAUCGACACAGCCCCUUGCUCCCCUGCCUUGCCCCUUCUCUCCCCCUUCUCCUCUCCCCACCUCACCUCUCCUCUCC